AAGCAAGACAACUAGUUUUAUUUUUGGCUAUUUUAUACUUCAGGGUACAUUUCGUGGCCAUUGUCUUUGUUUUAAUUUCGCCUAUUCGUUCGUUCGCAGCCCUAAACUGCAAAGUUAGAAGAUAGUCGUACAAACAAGAUCGAAUAUUCCUUAUCUGAGCAGCUUUCCAGUCAGUUUACGCAGUUAUCAAAACCUAUCAUCGAUUAUCUAACGCUUGCGAAAGAGCGACAGAGAAUCCCAGUGUGCCGUCAGCUGUUGUCAGACUAUCGCUCGUACGCUCCCGCGUCUCUUUUGUACAUUUCCAACUUUCUCUCAGUAAAAACUCUUACGCUGGCGGGUGCAGGCGACAAAGGCACUUUCAACUACUCAACAAUGCUUAAGUUUUUGGUAAGUUCAUGCUGACGUUUGGCGCCGGGGUCUACACGGGCAUUUACGUCUCGCAGAACUAUGAGGUCCCACGUGUAGACGACCCGCAAAAAUUGAUGGAACGAGUUAAUGAAAAAGUGAAGGAGCUGAUGGACCAAACCAAGAAAAAAUCGCUCCCCGAACAACUAGCAGACGACAUUAAAAAGGAGGCCAAGAAAAUAAUGAAGGACUGACAAGUGCAAUAAUUAAAGACGCUCUGUUUAAAUAAAUGUAUCUAUAAUCAAAUAAAAUUGUGUUACAAGAUUAGAACUAAACGAAA